CUUUCAAAAUUCGGAAAAAAUCGUUAAAAAAUUUAAAAAUAUUCUACCAUAUUUUGUCAUGAUAGUACCAUUGUUUGAUCAUGAGUAUCGAUCGUUUUGUCGUUGAUUUUUAAAUUGUAUUGACUAAUCACCACGAAUUAAUACAUAAUAUCUUAAUUCGUGCUAAUCAGUAAUCACUAUAGAGUUUCGAUUUAAAUACAAUUAUUGAAUUCGAAAGUUGAAACAUCAAAUUUACUCAUUUACAUUUUACACAAAAUACCCAUCUGUUGAGUGUUACACUACUCGAAAACUUGAAAAUGGCCUGGCAGCCAAACAUCACCACAAUGGCCAAGCAAAACAAAUCGUCAAUGCACGUCGAAUACGUUAACCUUAUUAAUGAAUUAGAACAAUAUAUGCCACAAUUCAAAGCGACUAUCAAAGAUCUACAAGAGCCCUCUCAAUCGUUUGUAACGAAUUUCUACACGGAUGUGUUCAACGAAUUCUUCUGCGAUGUGAAUAAUUUGAUUGAGAUCCAUAUCAAUCAAAAUCUCACGUACCAUGAAAUGUACAGUGAAACUGUACCAAUAUUGAACAUGUGCACAGCUUUGAAAUAUAUUUACUCGAAAUUGGGAAUUGAUGAUUUUGGUUUGAACGAUAUUUGUGAUCCGAGUUCAAAAAGAACGUAUCGUUUGCUGCAAACAAUGAUAAACUUCAUUAAAUAUAGUGAUGAAAAAAUACAUGAAGUUGAUGCCAAAAUGAAAGCCGUUAGAAAUAUGAAAGAUACAAUUGAUAGUCUUAAGAAGCAAAAAGAUAUCAUUGUGAAUACAAUUAAUAAAAAGUCAUUAGACCGUAUACAACGAGGAGCUGAAAUAAAAACUGUUGCUGAAGAAGUAAAAGAUGGAAAGUCUGAAUUGGCAAAAAUUCAAAAACAUCGAGAUGAUGUACUUAAAGAAUUGGAGAAAGUGAAACAAGAUCAAGACGAUAUUGAGAAAAAAUGUUCAAAGUUGUGUGAACUAAAAGAUAAUAUCAUAAGAGAUAUAAAUGAUCUUAGAGCACAAAUUGUAGAGGCACCAGAUUUAUUAAAAGCUGAUCAUGAACGUCUAAAAAGAUUGAAAAAUGAAAUAACAGAAAAGAAAUCUGCAAUGAUGGCGCAAGUUAGUGCUAAAAAACAAACUGUUAUAAUUCUGGAACAAGAACUAGCAAGCACAAGAAAAAACGAUUACGUUUGUUAACAGAUGUAACUGAAAAAAA